CCUCCAGCGUCGCAACGCUUUCCUUUGCCGAGGCGACGACGACGCUUUGCAAUGCGAUGCGGUGCGACAAACGACGUGAGAGGGAGGAAAGAAAACAAGGACAAGAGAGAGAGAGAUCGAGAAACCCAAGUCCGCGCGAAGAAAACGGUCGCGUAUGUUCAACAAAGUUUAUAA